AUGCCGCGGCACCUGUUUUCCUCUGCGAUGCUGUUCCUCCUUCUUUGCAUGCUGUCAAUGUGCAUAAGCAGCCAAGCUUCUGAGGUUGCCUCGCUGAGUGAGCCAGCCGGUUCAUUUUUUUGCUGGAAGGAAGUCUCGGCUGAGGAGGGAACGAUUUACUCGCUGCGCGCCCCCGUCCUUAUAAAAGUGGGUGAGAAACCGUUUCCCAUCGCUGAGGCGCACUGCACGAAAGACAAUACCGACACCGUUAGGACCAUCGUGUCGCAACUCAUCACGGCAAGUGAUGGCGCUGCGGGGGAAGCGUUGCAGGGAGCAAGCGUG